AUGGCCUUCAACUUCAAUUGGUCGCCGCUAGCCACGGAUGCAUCCUUCUAUCAGCGGGCGAAGGAGUUGCUCACCAAUGCACUUAAUCGCGCCGGGCCGCGGCCCGUCAUCAUUGUUGAUGACUUCCUCGUGAGCGAAUUCAACCUCGGCGAGAUCCCUCCCGAGCUCGAGAUUGUCGAGAUUGGCGAUCUGGCCGAGGACAAAUUUCGGGGCACGUUCAAGAUGCGAUACCAGGGUGAUGCGGUUCUAUCGCUGAAGACCAAAGUGCAGGCCAAUCCGCUGAACAACUUCCUGGCAACCAGAAAUGCUUUUGCGACACCUCAGCCGCUCGCCGCCGCGACCGGUUUGACGAUACCUCUCCAGAUCACGCUAUCUGAGAUCCGUCUUUCAGGCUUUGUUAUACUAGUCUUUUCGAAACAGAAGGGUUUGACAAUCGUCUUUAAAGAUGAUCCGCUAGAAUCCUUGCGCGUUAGCUCGACAUUCGAUUCAAUACCUUUUGUUGCCAAUCACAUACAGAAAGAAAUUGAGAAACAGCUUCGGAAUCUGCUCAUGGAAGAGCUUCCUGCUAUUAUCCAUCGACUGUCGCAAAGCUUCUGGUCACCUGAACAGCGAACCGUGGAUGUCUCCGAACAGCAGUCUGCCGAGACUCCACGCGAUGGGGGUGUUGUUGACCCUUUAGCUAGUCCGCCUCAAGAUCCGGUUGACUCGAAAGGCAAUGUUCUGUCUGCGGCUGAGAUCGCUUCGUUGUCACUGGAUUCGUCUAUUGAAACCCAAUCGCUCUUUUCCCAAAAGAAUCUUAUCCGCUUGGCAUCUUUGACGGAUUCACACCGAACAUUGUCACUGUUCACUCCCUCGAUUCGAGAUGCGGUCUUCCGCGCGUGGACUGGCCCGCUAGAACGAGGUGAAAUGCCGGCUUUCCAAUCUCGAGCGGCAACGCCAGCAUUAUCCAGAACGCACUCUCAUGCUGGGAGCCUCAGCGCAUGGACUGCAGACACUGCAAUGUCGCGGCCCUCGCUGUAUAGCUUUCCGUCAACUACUACAACGCAUAGCUUAGGUGGUGGGCGCCAUGGAAAGACUAGGAAGAGGAAGAAGCGCGUUGUCAAUCUACGGAAACAGCCUGAGACCGGAGAAAUGGAGACUGUUAUCGAGGAUGGCUCGACCGUCACCGACUCGGCCAGCGUCACAGAGAGCACGUCCGAGGGUGUGUCAGUUUUCUCUGCACCUCAAGCUACGACCUCAUCAAUGUUCGGUCACGAGCACGAUCUUCUGAGUCCAGCAGCGAGCCCGAACCUACCACGACGAUCUCUGAACGAACGGCGUGUUGUAUCUAUGCCGGGCAUCGAGGCAGGUGAGCCAAGCUACAUGAACUCUAGCUCUGCGGACUUCGUGACUUCACGCGGCCCGGAACUCUCGAUCCACCACCAGGCGUCGCAAGAAACUAUCCGGGCACGUCGACGACUUCCAAUUCCUCUGAACACUGAUAUUGACAAAACGCCACGAGCAUCUAUGUGUCUACCAGAUGACAAGGCUGCAGCACCGGAGCACAGCUUGUCUCGACAUAACGCACUGUACGAUCUUGCCGCUUCGCAGAAGACCAUGUCCGGCCCUUCGCAAGCACAACUUCCGAAUUUCUUGCAAUUUAUCAGCGAUUCCAGCAACAGUGGAAGCAUUGCUGAACGAGCAUGGAUGAUGAAUAUGGCCAGUGAGCUGGCCAAGCGAUACGAAGAGGAGCGAACCAAAGGAACGUUUGGUCAUUCGCGUGAAGCUACCAGCAGUCCUCCUCCAGCAUAUGCGCAGUAA